AACAAUUUUCUUUUUUUAUUUUGCAGAGCGAGCCUAUUCUGCUCAUUUGAUAAAGAAGUUACAUGAGAGAGGAAGACUAAAUGCAGAGUAUAUAAAAUUUGCUAUCAACAGAUAUGUCAAAGAGUUGGAUUUUAAAAUGUUUGAUAGUUCAUGCUGGGAAGUUCUUAUAGAAAAAGUUAUUGAGAUUGCUGAGAGUCUUGUGAAGGUAAUUUUUGAAAAUGAAAUAUUUCGUCAAUAUCCUGAAAAAAUGAAAGAAAUUAUUGCAUUGCUACAAAAUGUUGAAUAUUUAUGUAUUCCACAUGAAUGUGAUGAUGAAACUGUGAAACUUAUUUCCAAAAGUUGCCCAAAUCUUAAAGAAUUGGAUCUUCGAGAUGCUAUUUAUAUCAGUGAUGAAGCAGUCAAAAGUCUUUGUGGUGAUGGAUUUGAAUCUUUGGGCAUUCGUUCGCUUCGUAUAUUACGUUUAGACUGUGCAGAUAUUAGUAAUGAAACCAUUGCAUUCAUUCUUAAAAAUAUGUCAUCCCUUGAAAUCUUUAUUCACUGUCAUCUAACAAGAGUCUUAUAUUCCUUGCACAAAAUGGACCUCAUUGAAGAUAAGUUACAUACAAUUAAAAAGUAUUCUUUAACUGAGCUUUAUUUUGGAAGUGAUUAUUCAACUGAUCUAGUGGAGGUUCUGACUAUCUGUACUGUUCUUUGUCCAAAUGUAAAAAAAUUGUCCUGCCCAGUAGAUAUGCAAGAACAUAUUGAUUUGUGUUCUAAAUUUUCUAAACUAGAAGAUUUGACAUUGGCUAAUUUUAAUACACAGAGCCCAUUAAAUCUGGAUGAAUUUUUGAAAUUAAAAGGGGCCAAUUUGAGUGCAUUGAGCAUUGAAGGUUUUUCACUUUCCACUUCAGCUUUGAUUCAGAACUGCCAAAGAUUAGAAAAAUUGCGUCUGAAAAAUGUUGACUUCCACUGUACAAAAAAUGCCAGCAUUCCAACCUUGAGGCUUUUAAGAGAAUUUAGUAUUGACACUGAAAACUUACCCAUUUCAUUAGCUGCAGAAGCUCUGAGUUUGAUACUGAAAACUAGUCCAAAUAUAGAAAAUUUGUCUAUAUUACAUAGCGAAUUAACUGAUCUUCAACUAAACAACACGCUUUUGAAGUACUGUGAGCAGAAUACACUAAAAUGUUUAAAUUUCAGUUUUUCAGAAGUUGAUGUUAAUUUCUUAGUGCUGAUUAUUAUAUCAUGCACAUCUCUUAAGAGAUUAAAUGUAGAGUUUUGUAAAGAUAUACACAUAGAAGAUAUUGAUAUGCUAACUCAGGCUGCAUCUUCUACAAAAAACAUGCCUGAAAUUAUUUGGAAUGAUGAUGAAAUCAGUGACUUCAGUCUUUACAGUGAUUAUGAUGAUUUUAUUGAUGAUUAUGAUGCUUAUGAUGGUUAUGAUACUGAUGAUUCCUAUGGUGAAUUUUAUGAUGAUUCGUAUGAACUCUCUGAAUAAUAAUAUUGAAAUUCAUUCCCUUUUAAUAUUUGAUUUUUGCUUUUCAUGUUACUGUAAAUCCAAAAUUAAAGUUUUAUUUUGCUCUAUAAAAA